AUGGAGUUAGAGAAUCUUGAAGAAGGGUAUCGUUUUCAUCCAACAGAUUCAGAGUUACUCACAUUCCUUUUGAGGUUUAUUGCUAAACAACCAUUGUGUGAUGAUGGUUAUAUUACUGAGCAUGAUGUUUACAAACAAGAACCUUGGAAGACUUAUAACCAUGGUCGCCAUUGUGGAGGACAAGAUGAUGAGGAUACUAGUAUUUACCGCUACUUCAUUACACCAAGGCAGAAGAAAGGGAACAGUUUUUGCAGAGUUGUGGGUGAAAAACUUGGAACUUGGAAGCAGCAAGAUAAGGGAAAGAAUGUAACUAUGAGUUAUGGUAAUCAGAGAAAGCCUUUGAUUAUCGGACGAAUGAAGAGUUAUUGCUAUGAGAAUACUAAGUAUGUUCAUGGGAAGUGGCUCAUGAAGGAAUAUGUGUUUUGUGAUACUCUUCUUAGAAAGUUCGAGAAUUCUGAGUAUAAAGAUUAUGUUAUCUGUGCCAUCAAAAAGUUGUCCAAAAAGAAUUCUUCUAAUGGUAGUCAAAGUAGCAAUCUGACAAGUAUUGAUUUUGUUGACGAACCAAUGGUGGAUACGGAGGUGACUUCAGGGGUAAAUUCUGUUGAGCCGUUGAUGGAUCAUGAAUAUAAGGCGAUCACUCCUAUCAAUGUUGUUGAAGAAUCAAUGGUGGAAUCUGCUACUGGUGAAGAGAAUGGUGCGUUGGAGCUAAGUACUUCUUCUCAAAUUCAAGAAUCUAAGAUUGCUGACUUUGAGAACGCGAUGCCAGAAAAUAAUGUUCUUGAAACAAUGGAUAUGUUGGAUCAGGACUAUGAGAUGAUCAGUCCUAUCAAUAUUGUUGAAGAACCAAUGGUGGAAUUUGAUGAUCUUGAGGUGAAAAUCCAAGAGGCUGCUGGUGAAGAGAACGGUGUUUUGGGGCCAACUACUUCUUCUCAAAUUCAAGAAUUUGAGAACGCCAUGCCAGAAAUUAAUCUGCCUAAAGAAAAGGAUAGAUUGACUGAAAAUACAGGUGACACAGUGUUGGACAAGAACCAGACACAAGAGGGUUGUAUUAUUGUUGCUAAUGAAGACUAUACUGCAUAUUUGGAACUUGAAGCCAAGAGUACAAGCUUUGUUGAACUACUAACUGUUGGGGGAGACUCUGCUAUGAAGAACAAUCAAGUGCAAACUCAAGAGGCUCCUGGGGAUGAGAUUAAUCGUCUGUUGAGGCAAACUAGUUUUUCUCAGAUUCAUCAACCUGUGAUCCCUGACUUUGCGAAUGGACCAGAAAAAACUAUGCCUGAAAUAUUGAAUACUUUAGCUGAAUAUAUGGGUGUCACAGUGUUGAUGUAUCCGGACUAUGAGCUGACCACUCCUUUUGAUUUUUCUGAACAACCAAUAGUAGAAUAUAAUGAACCUCAGGUGCAGACUCAAGAGGCUGCUGGUGAAGAGAAUGGUCUGUUGCGGCUAACUGAUAUUUCUCAAAAUCAAGAACAUGUGAUGCCAGAAAUUAAUGUGCCUGAAAUGUUUGAUACGGGUGACACACUGUUUGAGAAGAACGAGACACAACAAGAGACACUUUGUGAAACAGAAGAAUCGAGCUUUAUUUCUGACCUUGUGGAAGACAUGUCAGAUCAUGCGACUAUGAAGGAGAGAUUGGCUGCAAGUAGGAUGGAUCACAAUACAUUAAUGUUGGACCAACAGUCUUGGCUGUCAAAGACGUAUUUACAAGAUAUGCUGCUAUGA